AUGCCGAUAUCUUGUUGGAAAGAAAAUGCAGAGAAGAAGACGGAAGCAAUGAAGCAGCUUAAUGGCAAGUUGAGGCAAAAGCUAUCAUCUGCUCAUCGUUUAUCACUUAAGUAUCUGCCCCCAUCAGAAGAUUUCGUUCUAUUGAAGUGCACAGAAGAGGCGUGCAAUGAAAUCUUAAUGGCACUGAGAGAUGAUAAGAAGAUAACUAUUGGGCUUUAUGGAAUGGGACGUUGUGGUAAGACGUCCUUGUUAGAAGAAGUGCGUAAGGAAGUGGAAGACUGUAAACUUCUCAAGACAGCAUUUGCCAUUGUGUCAAAUACUCCAAACUACAUAGCUAUUCAAGACAGCAUUGCGAACUGCAUAGGCUUGGUAUUUGAGACGGAGAAGAAUGUAACUGAUCAAGCUGCGAGAUUGUCCAUGCCAUUUGAAGAGGAUAAGAAAUAUCUUAUAAUCUUGGAUGAUGUGUGGCAAGUGCUUGACUUCAAAGCCAUAGGGAUUCCUGUUCGUGAAAAUUGCAAGGUUCUUCUGAGUACUCGGCGCCGACAUUUAUUUGACAUGAUGAAAUUUGAUGCACCGAUUUAUCUAUCACUUUUAACGCCAGACGAAGCAUGGGAAUUGUUCCAAAAGUAUGCUGGUGAAAUAAAAGGACCAUUCCUGCAAGAAGUGGCUCGAAAGAUCACUGCUGAAUGUCACAGAUUACCCGUUGCAAUCAAAGCUGUGGCCAGUACUUCGAGGGGCAGAGAACUUUUUACGUGGACAGAUGCACUGGAUACAUUGAAAGAUCGUAAACAGCCGCUAAAUAUUGAAAAAGGACUGGAUGAUCCUUAUAGGGGUCUCAAAUUUACUUUUGAUGAGUUGAAGGAUAAGGCAGAGAUAUCACAUUAUUUGUUAUGUGCUCUGUUCCCCAGCGAUUCAGAAAUUGCAAUUGAAGCUCUGAUCAGACUUGCAUUUGGGUUAGGCAUAUUUCCAGAUAUUGAUUCAUAUCAACGAGCUAGGUCCAAAGUGCGUAAGACCAUUGAUAAAUUCAAGAACCAUUGUUUGUUACUGCAGGAAGGACGGCACGUUAAAUUACAUGACAUGUUCCAUUCCUUGGCUUUAUGGGAAGCGAAUAAAAAAAACUCAAGUAAUUAUGGGGCUUACACAGAUUGUAGACCUGAUACGGGCGGAUUAUAUGAAAGAUACAAACGGAUUAUAUUGCCAUGGCAUAGAAAUUCCCAGAUAUGUUGUUCGAAGUGA